AUGCGUAGAAUUAACACCACCAUUCCGCUUUUAAGCUUGCUCGCCCGGAUCAGUCGCGCCGCAUAUACUCUGCACGAUGAUUACGAAACCACCGACGUAUUUUUCGACCGUUUCAACUUCUUUACAGACGUGGAUCCCACACACGGCUAUGUGAGCUACAUGAAUCGGUCGGCAGCCACGGUUCGCGGUCUCAUUGAGGCAAUGGGUAGUUCUGUAUACAUCGGCGUCGACGCAGAGCACCAGGCCUCUGGCUCCGGUCGGCAAAGUGUGCGGCUAACAAGUACCAGGUCCUACGGGCACGGCUUAUUCAUUCUUGAUCUGGCACACAUGCCGGCUAGCGUUUGCGGGACAUGGCCUGCCUUUUGGAUGCUUGGAGCAGAUUGGCCUAAUGACGGCGAAAUUGAUAUCAUCGAAGGCGUGAAUAGCCAGUCGGUCAAUCAAAUGACUCUUCACACGAAAGAUGGAUGCUCAAUUCAAAAUUCAGGCUUCACUGGCUCUCUCGAAUAUUCUAACUGCUACGUCGGGGCCCCGGGACAACCGCUUAACUCCGGUUGCGCUAUCCUGAGUGGUAGUCCCCAAUCCUAUGGCGACGGUUUCAACAAUGCUGGUGGCGGUAUAUAUGCUACAGAGUGGAAAUCCGCCGGAAUCAAGGUCUGGCAUUUUCCUCGCUAUGGCAUUCCAUGGAAUAUCAUCAUUGGUCAGCCAGAUCCGGCAACAUGGGGUACGCCUUCGGCUGCGUUUUCUGAAUACUGCGAUAUUGAUAACCAUUUCAAAGAUCUGCGAAUUGUCUUCGAUAUCACCUUUUGUGGUGACUGGGCCGGCAACGUCUGGUCCUCCGGUUCUUGCGCCUCCCAAGCUCCAACUUGCAAUCUAUUUGUUCAGAAUAACCCCGCUGCCUUCAAAGAGGUAUUUUGGAGAGUAAAUUCUUUGAAAGUUUAUCAAGAUAACGCACGCCCACCACUUGGCUCCCCCUCUGCCCCUCCCGGAUAUAGCUCUGUUCAUCGCGCUAUCGGCGAGUCAGUCUCUCGCAAAGACGCAACACCAUUUACUCGGCCUGGACCCCGCCAUUUCCGGCAUGGGCAUAAAGGCCGGGAGCGAGCCUAG